UCGCCUCUAAAGUUACCAAACCUCUAAUUAUAUGUGAAACCAGAAAGCUUCUCAAGAACUAAAGCAAGAACCCAACAUCCCAUUCGUCCCCUAUAUAAUCUCAUUUCCAUCUCCAUCAACAUUGCCUAACCAGCCUCAGGCCUUCCAAGGUGAACAAGCAAAAUGGCAAGUCGUUUAAGUUUUCAGGCCUUCGGCUGCUUUCAUUUGUUCUUUUGGAUUUUCUUUCGUUCAUUCACACCCACUUUCACAGUCGAAGCGUCUUCAAUCGCUGAUCGUCAGCUGUUGUCACUCCCCAAAAAUGGUAAACUCCCCGACGGGUAUGAAUAUAUGGUGAAAACAAAAGAGACAUUUGAGAAUGAAAGGCUUAGGAGGGCUUUUAUCGCUCUUCAAGCAUGGAAGAAGGCUAUGUACUCUGACCCGAUGAACAUCACGAGCAACUGGUUCGGGCCCAACGUGUGUGGUUACAAAGGUGUGUAUUGUGCUCAGGCAAUCGAUGAUCCCAAAUUGAAAGUUGUGGCUGGUAUUGAUCUUAAUCAUGCUGACAUCGCCGGUUACCUUCCAGUGGAAUUGGGGUUGAUGACCGAUGUUGCAUUGAUCCAUUUAAACUCCAACAGGUUUUGUGGGAUCGUCCCUGAGAGCUUAUCUGAGCUUACACUUAUGCAUGAAUUUGAUGUUAGCAACAAUUGGUUCGUGGGGGAUUUCCCCAAAGUUGUACUGUCAUGGCGGAGCGUCAAGUAUAUUGAUCUCCGAUUCAAUAAUUUUGAAGGUUGUUUACCACCUGAGCUCUUCGAAAAGGAUCUAGAUGCAUUGUUUUUGAACGAUAAUCGCUUCACUUGCAACAUUCCUGAAACAAUCGGCAAAUCGACUGUCUCCGUUGUGACAUUCGCUAACAACAAGUUCGAAGGAUGUAUACCACGUAGCAUUGGCAAGAUGUCGAACUUGGACGAGAUCAUUUUCUCAAACAAUAACCUCGGUGGUUGUUUCCCUCAAGAAAUUGGAUUGCUUCGCAAUGUUACUAUUCUUGAUGUUAGCAAGAACUCGUUCGUAGGUAGCUUGCCGACAAACUUUUCGGGCUUCGAGAAGGUUGAUGUUUUGGAUAUUUCUGGGAACAAGUUGACGGGGAGUGUUCCAGAGGAUAUUUGCAAGUUACCGAGCUUGUCUAGUUUCAAGUUUUCUUACAACUACUUCAGUGAGGAGCAUAUGGCUUGUAUAAAGCCUGAAAGGAAGAACAUUGUGGUGGAAGAUGCUGGUAAUUGUGUGGCUGGUCGGAUGAAGCAGAAGACAGAUAAAGAGUGCAAACAAGUGGUGAGUAACCCGGUUGAUUGUAGCAAGGACAAAUGUACUGGAGGGUCUCCACCUAAGCAAAACACACCUACGCCACAUCGUGUAUCUCCAACUGUUCCUACCAAGCCACCACCAGUACCUGAUAAAAUUGAACUAUCUCCAAAGGUUCCUAUUCGCCCACCAAAACCACCUCCAGCACCGGUUCAAUCUCUACCUCCACCAGUCCCUUCUUUACCACCACACAUCCAAUCUCCACCACCACCACCAAUGCACUCACCACCACCGCCCGUCCAUUCACCACCACCACCAUCGGUUCCUUCACCCCCACCACCAGUAAAAUCCCCACCCCCACCGGUACCCUCACCACCACCACCAGUUUCUUCACCCCCACCGCCAGUAAAAUCUCCACCUCCACCGGUGCCCUCACCACCACCACCAGUUCCUUCACCCCCACCCCCAGUAAAAUCCCCACCUCCACCGGUGCCCUCACCACCACCACCAGUUCCUUCACCCCACCCCAAGAAAAUCCCCACCUCUCCGGUGCCCUCACCACCACCACCAGUUCCUUCACCCCCACCCCCAGUAAAAUCCCCACCUCCACCGGUGCCCUCACCACCACCACCAGAUCCUUCACCCUCACCACCAGUAAAAUCCCUACCUCCACCGGUGCCCUCACCACCCCCACCUGUGCCAUCUCCACCCCCACCCGUCCGCUCCCCACCCCAACCUGUGCCCUCUCCACCCCUACCCGUCCACUCCCCACCCCCACCUGUCCACUCUCCACCCCACAUGCCCUCUCCACCCCCACCUAUCCUCUCUCCACCCCACACCCAGGCGCCACCACCACCCGUCCUUUCUCCACCCCCACCAAGGCGCUCACCCCCACCCAUCCACUCCCCACCCCCACCAGUACAUUCACCACCACCACCCGUCUACUCACCACCUCCACCCGUCAAGUCUCCACCACCACCAGUAAAAUCUUUACCUCCACCAACUCUAUCUCCUCCUCCUGUUUUAUCUAAACCACCACCUACAAAAGAUAUUGUCCUCCCACCAAACUUAGGAUUCCAAUACCAAUCGCCACCUCCACCAAUGUUUCCAGGCUAUUAAAUAGUAUUAUAGCUUUGACAUCUUUAUUUUGUAUGUUCUCCAUCUUGGGUAUAAAAAAUUAACAAAGAAAAGUUCAUAAAUAACAAUUGAGAGAGUUACCUUUUCUUUUUUUAAGUUUCCUCUUGUAACAUGAUUGCCAAAGCUCUUUUAUCUAUGAAUCUCAAUUAUUAGUAGCUUUCAUCUA